ACCUUCGUAACGACUAUGCAUGUCUUUCACGUCAUGCACGGCAAUCACUAACAUAUGCAACCAGAUAACACCAAUCGGGAUUGCCUCCACAUAAUGUGUUUAACGAGGCUUCGGAGCCAGUGGAUCUCCGUCUGCGUAAGUAGAAUCGUGCCUGGAUCUUAUAUCGAGGUAUGUCAAGGCAGGGGACGGUUCAACCUAUCCCUCUCCUCUUAAUUCUCAUUCAACCGGGACAAACGGCCUGCACUGUAGUCGAAAGAGCCAUGUCUGACAACAGCACUGACUUACAGGACGUUUACGAUCUUAGUCCUGACGACAUCAACUCCGUCGCAUGGGGGAUAUGGCAUGAUUCGAUUAUCACCAUGCCGUUCUUCACUCUGAUUUUGUAUCAUCAUUUUACGACGAUACCACAAGAGAUCAACACUCUCUGGACGAGGAAAAGAUCUUUGGCGUCACUGAUAUUCUUCGUCAACCGCUAUGCUCUUUUACUUGUCGGUGCAGAAUACAUGGCUCAGAUAUUCCCCGUCUACGGAGAUGUUCUGGUGGAUCGGAGGUGUGACAUUACCUCUACUAUUGGCGGAGUCGCUCUAUGCAUAGUCAUGAUCGCAGUUAUUGCAUUUGAUACACUUAGAGUGUUCGCAAUUACACAAAGGAGCUAUCUAGCCAGUGCAUUUGUAGGAACUUUAGGCGUGACCUGGGUGGUUCUGUACUGGGUCCUUCCUGAUAUUGAAGGUGUCACAAUCACAUUUUCGAAUGCUGCAUUCCUUGGCUGUCAAAAUUACACUACAAUUGCUACCAAUUAUGAUGCUAUUCUCAGGUGGAACUAUGGAAAGGAUGCUGCUACUAUUCUAUUCGAAGCCACGGUUCUUGCAUUCACUCUGCUGAAAACCUUCAGACUGAAAAAAGAAGCUUCUGCCAUUGGUUUUCAAGUAUCUUUAGCUUCUUUGCUAAUCCAAGAUGGAGCUCUUCAGUUUGGAAUAAUUCUGCUUAUCAGCAUCCUAGACAUUGUCCUUCUAGGAACCACUGGCAACCCAGUGCCUAUGAUCAUUCCAAAGUCUAUCAUCACCAGCAACAUUUUCUUUCACCUCCGCCAGGUUUAUCCAGAGAGCGAAGUUAGCCAGAGCACCAGUUCCUUCACAGUGUCCAAUCUGCGCUUCGCUUCAAAUAUCAUCGGAAACAUGGGAGCUCCUCUUCAUAACAUCUUCACCGACAGUCACGAAGAGAUAGAAGCCGAAGCCGACAACAUUCAAUUUGCUACCGACCCGCUGGCUACUUGUCUGGAUACUAUAGCGAAGUCUCAGCAAACCGGAAGAUCACUCAGCUCGUAUUCUACGGAUAUUGAACUCACUUCGUGUCUCCCGUGAGCCCGUUGAACUGGUCGGAACGGCGCGAAGUCUGAGAGUCGGCGAUGCAUGCGUGCCUCGCCUUCGUAGAAGCAUUUGGAGGAGACUGUAAGUGCUUGUAUAGAUCGGCUUAAAACCAUGUCCGCUGAUAGGAAUAGGAAUCCAGCAUCUUGUACGUAUCCUGCUUGACCCACGACAACAGCUCGAAGCUAAGCUAGAAGUUCCAGGCGCGAACGAUAGAUUGUAAUCAUAAUUGUCGGGUUCUCAAUCAUAUAAUGAAAAUACGAACAG